UUUGCCCUGGGCUGGUAUCUCUUUGUUUCGUUUAAAGGAUCGUCGUGGUCAUCGUCGAUCGUCAGAAGAUCUGAGCUCUCAGCUCUUCGACAGAUGAACAAACAGAUAUAAGGGAUGAUCGUCAAGAUGAACCGGACGAUAAGAUCAAGCGAUCCUCGGAAUGUCGGUCAAAAGAAACGUCGACUUCGAAUUAGCAAGAUAGUCAAAAUUCGAAGACCCUCAUGGAUGAACGUCGAUGUGUUCUCUGGACACCUCAAGCUGCUGCUCGGGACACUCCUCUACAGGAACGAGGACAAGCACUUCGACGAGAAGCGAACUCGGUCGGUGUCGGUGAAAUCGAGAAGGUCGUCCCCUCCGUCGAAAUAGACAAGUCGGAGUCCGUCAAAGUCGAGGAACAGGGUCUCGAUGGGCGCCCAAUCGCUAGUACCGGCUGUACUCGUCAGGCAGCCAAAUUCAUCUGUAUCAAACCCGAAUGGUCAUUGGCGGAGGUAGAGAAGGCCUACAGUCAUCUCGUACUCGAGGGGGAAGCACCAGAGGAGAUCAUGCUGGACGUAAAAGGGACGCACUUUCGACAGUUCGUCAAGGCCGCCGAGGUCGGUCUGGAUUUUUACGAGCAAGCUUCGGCAAAGGGGAUCGCGGUGACGUUGGGAGAGACGAUAGACCAGGCUGGUUGUGGGGAGUGGUUGACGGAGAGGGAUGUUGGGAGGGUGUUAACCUGGGUAGCGAAGAGAGCUUUGGAGAUGGACGUGGAGACGGGUUGGGAUGUACCGAGGGGGUACAAGGGGGUCGUCUUGAACCUCGACCAGUUGAACUUGAAGGAACGAACCGUCCAGGGUUAUAAUGGCCCCUCUGCCCCCGAAGUCGGUCUGGGAGAUCUGUCGAUGACGACGGGAAUCGGGUCUACGAUCGACCAACCCAUCUCGCUCUCGGAUUCGGACGAGGACGACCUUGCGGCUCACCAAGCUACACCGUCGAAACGACCGUGUAGUAACGAAGCGAACGGAUCUGAGAGUCUUACCAAGAAGCAACGGGUCACGAAAGCCCCACUUCAUCGAAAUCGAGUUGUUCCGGACCUUACCCCCACCCCCUCCUCGACCCCUACUCCUACUCCGGCCGCAGAACCCAAUGUGAGCGGCCGGCGUGAAGGUUCUCCUCCUCCCCGUCGAACCCGAUGGACAGCCGCACAACAGCUCGCUAUGGUAUCGAAGAUCUAUCAAGCGGGUUAUGAGGCAGCGGAUUACGGGACCAUAGCUCAAAGAGUGAAUGAAGCGAAUCCGACUGGUCCGGCUAAAACACGUCAAAGAGUGAAAUCGGCCAUGAGAGAAACCCACUGGACCAACUUUGUCAACAACAAUGAUGGUGAUCUGGUUAACCAAUUGAAUCUGAAUAUGCCUGAUAUGACCGGACCUCCUGUUUCAAAGACAAGCUGGACGGGGCCGCAAAAGGUGAUUGUCUGGGCCGAGACGUUUGGGUGCGGCGAGAAGCGCGUCAGUUGGGACGAUGUAGCGGAGGCCGUCAAUACGGCUGCGAGAGGCGACGAGAGUCUGUAUCGCAAGUCGAAGGAUUGUGAGAAGACGUGGAGGGAUACCAUGCGGAGACAUUUCGGGUUGCAGGGUAGGAGACGAUAGAAUCGAAGGGGUUUCGCGGGGUGAUAGAUGGUACAUCCGGCGCGAUCGUGCGGAUCGAGGAAGGGAAGAAACAGGUUUACCAGAAGGAAUAUGCGAUGAUGCCGGACGUAAUGAUACAAGUACAAUCGAGAUGAGCGAUCGUCAUUGUACCGACAAAGGCCCAAGUCAUGUAUUUGUCGUCUCGCUGAACAACGUAUGACUGGUUCCUUUCUGACGUCAACGGUUUCGCCGUUCUUCUCCAACGACUACAUCAAGGGUAUGGAGACCUUGUCAGCGAUAA